AUGAUGCUGAUAAAAAAACAAGCGCUGGGACAAGCCCAGGGCGUCCAUGCAACUCACAGACUUUUUACAAUGACACGUUCAAGCACCGCAAGUAGUCUUUCCAUUCCUGCACCAUCUACUGCCUCUGCGAGCGACCAAGAUGCCGCGGCUCUUGGCCGCUUCUUCUACCGGAACAGCAUGAUCAAUGAGUGGGCCAAUCAUCCAGCCCAUCGUACGACAUUACAGCAACUGAUCAUGUUUGGUAGAUCAGCGCGGAGAAAUCGAACUCUGCUGAUGCAAAGUGCAGACUAUCUCCGCAGAGAGCUGACGAUCCGCAUUGCGCACCGCCUGCGUGACAUGCAAACGAUUCCGUUCGUCGCCAUGUCCAACGAGCAACUAGACUCAAUCUACCAAUUUUACUGGCGUACAUUCGAGACUUUACGCCGAAUGAGCAAGAUUGAAUCGGAUGAGCAGAAUCAGCACCUCAUUGAUGUUGUGACGCACUUGCUCUCCGAGCGUAAGAGUAAACUUGAUCUCACCGCGGGCAUCUGCCGUGAGUGUAUAUAUUACAUGGAGCCUGAGGCGGUGAAUCUAUUUUUGGCCCGCAUGUUGCGCUCGCAAAUCUCGCGGGAAGUGCUGGCGAAGCAGCAUAUUGCACUUUCACUCAUGCAGGUCGCUCCUGAGGCGAAACGUACGCCCAACGUCGUUGGCAUGAUCGAUACGCAAAUCCUUGUUGCACGCUCAGUCCAACAGAGCUUUGAGUUUGCUAAAUCGAGCUUAGCACGCACGUAUGGCUGGGAUGAGUCAGAUGCGCGCAUGCCCUCUGUUGAGAUUUUCGGCGAUCUCCAAGCGCAGAUCGCCUAUUUGCCGGCACACUUGGAGUUUAUCGUGCUUGAACUAUGUAAAGUGUCGAUGCAAGCGACUAUGAAUCACCAUACAAAGACAGGGCAGGUACCUCCGAUUCGGAUCCUCAUCGUCGACAGCGCAUCGAAAGAUGAGGUAAUCAUUCGUAUUUCCGAUCUUGGCGGUGGCUUGCGUUCUGUGCAGUCGACGGAGGCAGACAGCAAACCACGGUUUCCAACGAACGUGACUCGCGCUCGAGGACCUUCGCUCUUGCCUGGCAUAUCAUCUUUGCCACCCGUCAAUGAGGCAGAAGACACCUUGCUUUGGUCUUUCCAUAACCUUGGCAAAGAGCUUGAACGAAUGAACAUUCAACUCGAUACCACCGCCACUCUCGACCACAGCCAACUACAUGCUGACGGCGCAGAGACACCUGAUCCGACGUCUUCGUACCCUGGAGGCGAUGGUCUCAUGCGUCUUUCGGUGCUCAAUAUGGACUCGCGCUCUGGCCUGCCUAUCGUGAAACUAUAUGCAGAACUGUUCGGCGGGAAGCUCGAGUUCCGCGCGAUGGAUGGCUAUGGAACCGACAUCUAUCUCCGCCUGCCGAAGAAUGGCACGACCAAAGAGCUUCAUGAAUAA